AUGCCAGAUUCGAGAUCGAAGAAAAGUCUCUUGAAGCAGAGAAUGAGCGACGCCUUUAAAGUGGAUACUUUCGACAAAGUGCCGAUCGGUAUCCACGAACCAACCUCAAGUACGGCGCAGGUUCUAAACUCGUGCACUAAUCUAGCUCGAUACGGGAGUACAAGGCAGACCUCUUUAUGGCCGGGUUGGCGGUCGGUGGUUCUAUACAAAGGGUUCUCCCAAACGGACCUGCCUGGGCGGGUUGAUGAUCGAGACUUCGUUGACAAUGGACGAAGCCACUCGCUUCUGUCAAAUAAGUUAUGGUAUCGGUCGUUUUACACAACACGUUCUCCAAAACGGAUGCUGCGGCGGCUUAAGCAUCGAGGUAACUUGGACAAUGGACGAAGCCAUUCGCUUUUGUGGGUUGAUGACAAUGAUGCGGGUGUGCUUCUUCGAUUACUUGGUAUGCCAUUGACCUCUAUACUGUGGCCUUAUAUAAACCGCAAGGCUUCAUGGAAUACCCGCUUUCCGCGUCAUGAGCCAUUUCUGGACACCCCUCAGUUUGAUCUUGAUGUAUUAUACCACCACUGUAGUAAUGAACACAUCUCCUCUCUCAGACCCUAUUACCCGAGUCCUAAUCUUCCCUCACACACAAGACCAUCCAUUCCCCCAUCGCAAUCCCCGUCCCCCACCCACACCCAAUAA